AUGGUUCGGGCAAGCAUAGCUACCCCUGGGCUUUCUUUUAUAAAGGCUUCAUUUACCCUUGAACAUCCAGGUAAAGAUGACUUCACAGCCACCUUGCGUGCCACCUGGGAGUCCAUAUAUAAACGUCAUGGAAUUCUGCGAACGCAUUUCGUCUUGACGGAACCGGAGGUCCAGGUGGUAUACCGUGACGUGAAGAUCGCUUGGACAGAACGCAUGGUUACAGAAACAGACUGGGACACUGUCUGUCGCGAGGAAGAGGAUUUUGACCUCAACCAAUUUUCAAAUUUUGAUCCUGGGGAGCGGUGCUCCUUGUCCAAGAUAACGAUUGUGACAAUAUCAGGCAUCCGGACUCGAUUUAUCUGGACCGUGCACCACAGCCUGAUUGAUGGAUGGUCUAUGUCAAUGUUGAUAAAAGAAAUGGCUUCCUACCUGGACAAUAAACUGUUACCACCAACUCCUCCACAGUUCAAACAUGUUGCCCUGGCUAUAGAUCAGUUGAGCCGCGAAUAUUCGAGCAAGAUAGUAUCAUUUUGGAAAGCGUAUACUGAGGGAUAUGUUCCCGUGCAAACACUUCGAUUGCCACCUCCAUCUGAUAUCAACGAUUAUAAACAGGCAACUUUAACCAAGAAUCUCACAGUCAGCGUGUCUGCGUUGGAGCAGGCUGCCAGAGACCAAUUCUCUGUCACGCCCGCAACUCUUCUCUAUGCAGCCUGGGGUAUUCUCAUAUCAAGAUACUCCGGAACUGACCGUGCUAUAUUGGGCGCUGUUCUGUCUGGACGAAAUUUUGAAAUUCCUGGAGUGGAAAAUGUCAUUGGUCCCUUAAUAAAUACGUUACCUCUCAAAAUUGAUGCCAAUGAGUCCCAGACGGCAUUCGUUUUUGUGCGGGGAGUAUUCAGAGCACUAUGUGAGAUUUUGCAGUAUCAAUGGUCUCCCUUUAACAUGAUCCAAGAAGGUACCGGCUAUAACCCUGCAAAGCUAUUUGAGACCAUUUUUGCCUUGCAGUAUGAUUUUCCCCAAAUGGAGGGGAUGUUCAGCGGAGAUUCUUUACCUCGAGACGUGAGGUAUACCGAAGCGACCGAAAUUCCCCUCACUGUUUUGUUAGAUAGCUCUGACAGCAAGUUCAUUGCUCGAUUUAUAUACCGACGGUCAUAUUUUAGUGACAACACUAUUGUACAGAUGUGUCGCCAUUUUGAUAACCUACUAACGGGCCUUGUUAAUGCUUUACCAGCCGCAAAUCUUAGCACGGUCACCCGUACGAUGUUUAGCGCUCCAGAGUACCAGGCAUUAACAGCAAAGGCAUUGCCGCCAAAUUGUCUUUCUCUCGAGGGAAGCCUAUCAGAUGCAAUCGAGAAAGCCAUCGAGUGCUACCCAAACGUAUGCGCUGUGGAAGGCUUAUCACGCUCCUUAUCAUACCAUGAAUUCGGUAGGGUAACAGCAAAAAUUGCCGAACAGCUUAGAAAGUCCAUCAAAUUAGGGGAUGUGGUAUGUGUAAUCUGUGACGGCUCCGUUACCUGGUUAAUUGCAAUGAUUGCCGUUAUCAGAGCCGGUGCCGUUUACUGUCCGAUCGACCAGAAGCUUCCACGGGCAAGAAUGAAGUACAUGGUUGAAAACAGCAGUGCAUCAUUGAUAAUUCACUGUAAUGCGAAAAAAGAUCUGGUGGUCAAUGGCACCCCUUGUUUCAACAUCAUCAAAGCCAUGACAGAGAUGGCAUAUACAACAACGACUAAAUGUAGGGAGAGUGCUCCCACCGCUGAUGAUGUAGCAUGCUUGAUUUACACUUCAGGCAGUACUGGGUUUCCCAAAGGUAUUCCCUUGAAACAUAAGGGUAUCCUGAAUGUGAUCUCUCACGAAAAUGGGAGGCUAUGUUCUACUCCUGGACAGCGAAACGCACAGAUGUUAUCACUCGGUUUCGAUUGCUGUAUAAAAGAGGUGUUUGCUAGCCUUUGUUUCGGAGCAACUCUAGUCCUUAAAGAUCCAGCAAACCCGAUAGCCCAUCUUUCUCGAGUCGAUGCUACCAUGGCCACUGCCUCUUUGCUCGCAACCUUAGAGCCAGACGAUUUCCCGAGACUGGCAGUGAUCAUGGUUGCUGGAGAAGCUCUGUCCCAAAGCCUCGCGGAUAAAUGGGCUACAGGGAGGACACUGAUAAACGGGUAUGCUCCCGCUGAAAGUACACUUAUUGCAAUGGUGGCAACAAUAUCUCCUGGGGAUAAGGUAUCAAUUGGACGACCAUUAACGGGAAUGUCUUGUUACAUUUUGGACUCCAAGCAGCGGCCGGCCCCGAUUGGAGUGAGUGGAGAGAUAUGCCUAUCUGGAAUUCAGAUCACAUCGGGAUAUCUCUCCAAUGAGAAGGAAACAGCUAAGCGAUUUCUUCGAGACCCAUUUAACCCCGACCAAGCCAUGUUUCGUACUGGUGACAUUGGCCGCCUAGGAGAUGAUGGCAAUAUUCGUACUGGUGACAUUGGCCGCCUAGGAGAUGAUGGCAAUAUCAACUUUGUUGGCCGCGAGGAUAACCAGAUUAAACUACGAGGUUUCCGGAUAGACCUUGGGGAAGUCCAAAAUACCCUGUCCCAGGUAGCCACUGAGGCAAAAAGUGUAGCUCUUGUGGUAUCAAAUGAUACUCUAGUUGCCUUUGUCACCCCUGAAACACUUGACAUUGACCGACUUGUAAAGGGGCUAGAAUCGCAAUUGCCAGAGUACGCUGUCCCCAGCCAAAUUAUACCCCUUGCUACGCUCCCAACCUCUGCAAACCACAAGGUGGACGCAUCGGCCCUCGAAAAACUAAUAACCCAUACAGUCCCGAUGGCGAGCCCGGCAGAGCUUGAGACACCUAUUCAAAGGACCAUGGCUGAGAUCUGGGCAGAUGUCCUUGGGCAUGACAUAUUCGGCAAAAUGUCUAUUAGUCCAAAUUCUCGAUUCUUUGAACUUGGAGGUCACUCUUUGCUGCAAAUAAGAGUAGCGCAGGCAAUAUCAAAGCAAUUUAACAUCCACCCUAUGCCACUUAGACAGGUCAUAUAUCAUCAGAGCCUGCGGGAGUUAUCCUUGGCAGUCAAGGAGUUGAUUGGCUCUAGCAAAAAACCAAAGCGAGCAACACGUUUCCUGGAAACGUCUCCAAUAGUACGGGAGACCAAGCUACCACUGUCGCCCCUUGAACAAGAAUUAUUUCUCAACCACCUAAUAUCGGAUGGUUCAACUGCUGGGAAUAUGAUCUUCGCGUGUAAGAUUCUGGGUCAGAUAGACCCAAUAUCAUUAGCUAGAGCAUUCCAGCAAACAGCGAUGAACGAAGAAAUAUUCCAGACUCGGUACCAUGUUACUGACGGUUUCAUGAUGCGAAACCUGGUCAAAGAUGGGAGUAACAUUGUCAGAGUGGCUAAUACGCAUGACCCAAUAUCACUUAUACAUAAAACUGCUAGAAAAUCAUUUGAUUUGAGCAAAGAGCCGCCAUUAGAGGUUAUCAUUAUUCCAUGCACCACUAUGCAGGCUAGACUUUUGGUGGUGAUGUCGCAUGUAGUAGGAGAUGCUACAACAAUGGCUACAUAUCUUGAGCAAGUCUCGGAUAGAUACAAGCAGUUGCAAAACCCCAAUGCUCCAGACAUACACUCCAGAACGCCACAGGAACUGACAUACGUCGAUUGGGCUGGAUGGGUUAAAACACAACAAUUGAGUCUUCAGUCCCAAAAUUUUUGGACCAAAUACCUUUCCAAUUUGCCGGAGCCACUAGCAUUUGGCAGGGCUCCUGCCGGAAGCCUAACUUAUACCGGCUCCACGAGGUCUUGGACUCUACCAGGUUCCAUGCUUCAGCAUCUUACUCUUCUUGCUAUAAGAGCCUCCACCACAAUGCAUCAAAUUGUGAUUGCAGCUCUGUUCUUGGCCCUACAAUGUGUAGAUAGGCGCAAUGAUAUUGUUUUUGCAGCUCCUUUCACACAUCGGAUGGAGCCUGGGACGGAGACAAUGGCAGGGCUGUUCCUCGACCGUCUUCCAAUUCGUAUCCAGUGUGAUCCAAACGAAAUCGAAUCAUUACUACAAUUUCUCAUGGCAGUCAAGCAAAGUAGCCAACGUGCGCUGGAACACGUUGUGCCUUACCAUGAAAUCCGCAAACUCCUACCAUACAAACCAAGCCUUAAAACCCCCCUGUUCAAAGUCAUGGUAACGUACCACACUGCCUCCGAUAUGAAACCCGUAUUGAGGCUUGAAGGGGCUGAGACUCAAAAUAUACCAUGUCACAAUACAGGAGGCUCCAAGUUUCCUCUCUCUAUAGAGCUCACUGAGAUUGAAGACUCGGAGGUUCGUGUUGAUUUAGAAUAUGACCUUGGUUGUAUCGUGGAAAACACGGCGGAACGGAUACAGUACGCAAUCGGAUAUACCCUACAACUUAUGGUCCUGGAUACAGCCCCAAACCGUAUAAAACACCUAGUGGUAUCGUCCUUUGGAGAUUUUGAUAGGUACCCACCUUCAGACAGUACAGACGGUAGGGAAGAUGAGAAAAGGGGAAAGAGGGAUAACGAAACAACACUGCAACAUCUGAAUAUCAACGGCUUGGAACGCCUGGCGAGUUGUAUCAGGGACACAAUAUGCCAAUGUCUAGGCUUAGAUCACAAGGCCGUGCUUCUCCACCAGUCAUUCUGGGAGCUAGGAGCUCAGAGUAUAGACGCAAUACGGCUACAGCACAUAUGUAGCAAGCAGGGUUUUGGAAUCAGGCUUCGGGACAUAUUUGAUUCCAAUAGUAUAAUGCAGCUAGCAAUCUGUGCUUAUGGUACCAUUUAG